GUGAACAUAGCAAAAAUGAUGUUGAUUUAGCAACACUCAUUUUAAUAUCAUAAAAUAUCAAAAAUCAUAUGCUAGUAUUCACAUUUGAAAAAUUAAAAAAUCUACUCCGUUCCUAAAAGAUUACUAUAGUUUGAUUUUUUGGUUAAACUAUGACACUCUUUGACCAUGAAUUAAAUAUAGUUUAAAAUAAUUAAAGUCCUCUCAAAUAGAUCAAAAGUCAAGGCGUCACCAAUGUUCGAUUUGAAUCAGACUGUCAGGAGGGGAAAGAGACAUCUAGAAGCGCCGCAGACAGUUAAAGGAGACGAGGCUUCUGGAGAUAGAUUUCCCGAAUUUCGAGUUUUGAAGAUGAAGCAUUUUGAACUAGCCGACAUGGAUGAGCUUGGAUCGACCGUGGCGAUGGACGUGGACGAGGUAGAGGCGCUCGAUAUCUUCAGCGAUGGCCCUCUCGGCGGCACCGCCGAUCAUCAACGCCUUGCAGAUGCCGACUUUUUCAACUCAUUCGAAGACGAUUUCGAUGAUCUCGACAUCAACUGAGGCAGUAUUUUCACCGAAUUUCAUCCCCCUAUGUUUUCUCCCUGCUAAAACAAUCCUGCCGUUUUUCAUGUUUAUGAAUGUCCCCGGAUUCUGCAGAAGAAGAAUAACUGGAAGUUGGAAAAUUUAAAAAUUGAAAUUUCGGUUGCUUGCUGUGUUAUUCUGCUGCCAGUUUAUUCAUUGCUUUUCCUCAAGUAUGAGUAAGGUUUAAUUAAUGUCUUCGAUUUCAUCUGUGAAAAUUAUUGCCUUCUAGGUUAAAUCGUUGUGUGUUUAGUGAAUUAUGUGAUAAAUUCACUUUGUUUAUUACGGAGUAUAAAUUUUGGUGGCUCGUUUCUUAAUAAUACUCUGUAUAAUGGUUAAGAUAAAGCAAAAUUCAAAUGCAGGGUAAACAUCUCAGUAUUAAGGAACAGAUUUUAGGGUUUACACUGGAUUAGGGAUUUAAGGAUGAGAACAUUACAGCUUUUAUCCUGUUUAGGGGAGGCUUAGAACAGCUAGAGUGCUGGGUACAUGUUGAAGUCUCUGUGAGAGUAAUAGAGUGUUCCACUAUAUUUAUAUGGUAUGAACCAAACAGCAUCUUUGAAGACCAGAAAGAUGCACCCGUGUGAGCGUGUCUUGAGAUUUUCAUCUUGGCAAUUGUUGGGUGGCAAUUGAUGAUCUCUCAGCUUCGUCCCAUCUUUUAUGAUGCCUUCUCCCGAAGUUAAAUUCCUCCCCUCGCCCAAACUCUAGACUUCUCCUAGUAAACAUCUUACGAGAACAUCUAAACACUCUAGUAAGGAGUUAAACCCAAUCGAGUUAUUCCCGCUUGACCGAAAUUGUACUUCUGGUCACUUUAGUGCUCGUCUUUAAUAUUAUGUUCAGUUUAUGAAUAUAUUUCUUAAAACCUU